AAAAAAAUUAAAUAUCUAGUCGAUCAGUUCUAUGGCGUUCAAUUAUUAUAAAAUCUUUAGUUCUUCUAUAUUAAGUUGAUACUUGUUAGUGAAAAAGAUAUCAAAAAUAAGAAAGUUUUUAUAUCAGCCUACGAUUUAUAUAUUAUAUGGCUUUAUAUUUGUCAUAUUUUCAAAUAAUAGAAAAAUUUAUUUUACAGUAAUAACAGUAAAGUUAUACGAUAUAUAUUUAUAAAACUUUAUUAUCUCUACCUGAUUAAGUCAUGAUUAUUGAAGUGUUUACAAUCGCAGUGUUCUAUAAUAAUUAUUGGAAAGUUUUCAAAUAUGGCUUUAUACAAUGCCGGUAACGAUGUGUUCUUAAACAAUACUAACGACUUGUCAAACGAUAAUCAUAUUUAUGAAGACUUGUCCAUAAUUCCAUUAGAAAAGGACAGUUUUGCAAUAUGUGAAUUGUGCGGACGAGUUGGUCGUCGGGGUCAAUUUUACUCACGGAAUACUAAAUUUUGCUCAUUGAGAUGUCAUGCAAGUAGUACUAGACGACGUUAUUGUAAUUGGAGGUUUAAGCUGAUGGAAGGAGCAGAACAUAUGGCGGGCUUAAUUCCCUUAGAACCACUGCCUCAAUUACAGCAUUGGCAGGCUAGUUUUAAUGAUUUACAGGCUGGGCCUAUUAAGCACUCUGCAGCCUUAGUAGCCAACAGCUAUGAAUGGAAAGAUGAAUUGUUUGGCUGUGAUUUCCUGGCAGCCCCAGUGAGCUUAUUCAAGCAUGCCCCUUUACAUGAAAUGUGGGAUAAUACAUUUGAGGGUAUGAAAGUGGAAGUAAAGAAUUCAGAUUGUGAAAAUUUUUCGGAAAAAUUGAAUGAUUACUUUUGGGUUGCAACAGUGCUAAAGGUAAAAGGUUAUAUGGGUCUUUUGCGUUAUGAAGGUUUUGGAAGCGAUGAUUCAAAAGACUUUUGGGUUAACCUUUGCUGCUCUGAAGUACAUCCUGUAGGUUGGUGCGCGACCCGUGGUAAGCCUCUUAUACCGCCGCGCAGUAUAGAGGAUAAAUAUACUGAUUGGAAAAAAUUUCUAGUAAAACAGCUUACUGGUGCGCGAACAUUGCCGGCUAAUUUUUACACAAAGCUAAAUGAUAGUCUUGUAUCAAGGUUUUCAAUAGGAUCAAUAAUGGAAGUAGUAGAUAAAAAUAGAAUUUCACAAGUUAAGGUAGCGAGCGUCUGUGAAAUAAUUGGCAAGAGGUUACAUGUUAAAUAUUAUGACAGCUCACCAGAAGACAAUGGUUUCUGGUGUCAUGAGGAUUCACCUCUCAUCCAUCCAGUCGGUUGGGCGUUCAGAGUUGGCCAUCCACUGGAUGCACCUCAGAGUUAUUGCCAACGAGUCGCAGCUGGAAGAUACAUUCCUAACGAUACUACUAUUGAAAUGUUUUACAAGUAUCCAAGUGAUGAACCACCAUUAUUUUCUGAAGGAAUGAAACUCGAAGCCAUAGAUCCUCUCAACCUAUCAGCCGUGUGCGCUGCGACUGUGAUGCAAAUUCUGAAUGAGGGUUACAUGAUGAUAAGGAUAGAUUGCUACCCAGCUGACGCGUCUGGUGCCGACUGGUUUUGCUACCAUCAACGAUCACCGUGUAUCUUCCCCGUGGGAUUCGCCCUUUCGAACAACAUUCCUCUGGUUCCGCCGGCUGGCACGUCGGCGGAGCAGUUCCGCUGGGAGGAGCACCUGCAGGGCGCAGGCGCGGCGGGGCGGGCGCUGUUCGCGACGCGCGGACACGUGGUGUCGCACGGGUUCGUGGCCGGCAUGCGCCUCGAGUGCGCCGACCUCAUGGACCCGCGCCUCGUGUGCGUGGCCACCGUCGCGCGCGUCGUGGCCGACCUGCUCAAGGUGCACUUCGAUGGGUGGGGCUCGGAGUACGACCAGUGGCUGUGGGCGCACAGCACGGACGUGUACCCCGUGGGCUGGUGCCGCGCCGUGGGCCACCGCCUGGAGGGCCCGCUGCAGCCGCCGCCGCGCGCCGCGCGCCGCCCCCCCGCGCGCGCCGCCCGCCGCCGCCGCCGCCUCGCAACGAAAGUUUCUUCUCAACCUCCAAACACAACUGAAGAGAGUUCUCAAAACUCAGACAUGGGAGACACAAAGAGCCUCUCCCCUCCCACUAGUGUGUCAGAAAUAUCAGCGGACACGGAACUACGACCCGACGAUCAGACAUCUUGCCAUAAAAUGGAUGUGGACCACGAGUCCAAGAUUGAACCGCCUAAAGAACGACUUGAACACAUCAAACAGGAUAAAUUGAAUACUACUGCAGAUGUUUUGCAAGAUUACUCUGAGGAUGGAAAGAAAGAAUCACCAGAGGUUCCAUUAAAGAGUGAAGACGACAAAGUGAUACCCAGACUAGUCAAUACCAGUGUACCCUUAGACAUACUGAAUUCAGUUGACCCAGAAAACUGGACGACAGCUGACGUCGCCAAGUUCCUCACAGUCAAUGACUGCCAACCCUACUGUGACAACUUCAACCAUAUAACAGGGUCCAUGAUGCUCCAGUUAUCUAAAGAUGAAAUAAUAGAGCUCCUUGAAAUGAAAGUAGGACCAUCCUUAAAAAUAUUCGACCUUAUCCAGCAAUUAAAGUGUAAAAUUAAGCAGCCUCAGUGCAGAUUACUUAGUAGCUUCAAGUAAUAUUUGCUUUGGGAUGAGUUAUCCUACAUAAAGAGACUAUUUAGGUGAUAAUAGUUUUAGUUUGAGCAGUUUAUAUAUCAUUACAUGGUGAAAACGGCUUUGUUAGUGUAGCUAGCAGUGUUGGAAUGACUAUUUUAUAAAAUAGUUUUUGCACAUUUGGUUUGGAAUAAGAAAAGUGUAUUUUUUUUAUGAUAAUCAUAUUUAAAAAUAAUCUGUAUUGUUUUCCUUAAUGGCAUAUAAGGCACUUGUUUUAGUUGUCUAGACUUUAUGAAAGACGUUUCUUUUCCUACAAGUGUUAGUAAAAUAUUGUAGAUUACAAAUCCAUUUUGGAUAAGGCUUUGUGUGGUUGCGAGUUAGAUUUUGCAUUUAUGUGUUUUUUACGUAUUUCCUAUAUUUAUUAUUAACAAUCACUAUAAAAUAAUGCUUUAUAUUAUCAUAAAAAAUUUAACUAUUAUUUCUUCAAGUUAUAAAGCAAUACCCAAUGCAUUGUUUGGUACUAUUGCCUUAACUUAUUUAUUUCGAAAUUUUAAAAUGAGUCGCUUCAUAUUUGAAAUUGAAUAUAAAAUUCUAUUCAAUUUUUUAUAGUUCAACUUUUAAAGGGUACUUUUAUUAUUGGAUUUGUUGUAAUCAGUGUUGGUUUUUUAUAUUAGUGUAAUGUACGCCGAAUUGAGUAUCAAUUUACAAAAAUGUAUUUUUUCAAUUGAAAUAAUAAUGUAAGUUUAACUACAUUUUCUAAUAGGAACAGCUGGUUGUUAUUAAAUAUAUGAAACUUUUUACAAAGAGACAUGUACCGUGAGAAAAUAUGUCAAAUAUGAAUAUUCGAAUUAAUCUAAGCUAACGACACGAGACAUGAUUCUGUGUGAACCAGUUUCAAUACUAUUAUAAAACGAAACUAUUCGAAAAUAAAUUAAUGUAAAUACCUCGCUAUUGUAUUACUACGUGUAUUGAAAAAUCAAAGAUAUCGAAUCAGCGUCAUUAUCAAUUUAACAUUCUAAAUAUUCUACGGUCUAUAACAAAAUUUUUAAAUGAAAUAGAUGUUUUAAUAAAAAAAAUAUUAUUUAUAAUAGAAAAUCAUGGCAAUAUUAUAUCCUAAUUAGAUUAUCUUAUUUUUUUAACUUACAACACUUUACUUUAACUUGACUAUUACAAUUACUAAUUAAGUAUAUUAAAUCAAUUAUUUUUGUUCAACAAAUCAAUUUUUCAAUUCAUAAAAGACCAGGGUACCAAACUCUUCUGUAGAUGAUUAGAGGUCGAAUAUUUAUUUUUAAUUGGAUAGAAGUUAUAUAGGAACAGAAUACAAACAAACAUUCCUAAAUAUGUAAUAAUUUGUAUGUCCUAACAUCACGUUAAAGUUUAAACAGAACAAUAUCAUUCAUCACCAUAAUAAAUAGACUGAAAUCAUAAAUAUUGUGACUAUGAAAUUUUAGAUGAUAAUCAAAUUGCCUUUAUUUAAGUGACUUAUAUUAAUAUGACCAUAAUAUUAUAGAAAUACACGUGUUUUAGUGAUGAUUGCUCCGGAAAUAAAUAACGCUGAUAUAGUU